AUGUGUGUUCUAACGCUAGUGCAGGACGAUGUAAAAUCAGAUAUUCUGAAAUUGGUCCUUGACUUUAUCAAAGCGGUGGUCAUAAAAGGUGAUGAAAAUGUAGCAUUUCCGGAAGUGCGACACGAAAAGAAAAUUUCUUUCGAGUAUAAGGACAAAAAGUACAAGGAGCUAUUUUGUACGCUUUACGCCAUUAUAGAUAUAUACGACUGCUAUAACGAAUUGUUUAACGAAGAUGAAGGCAAAGUGAGCGAAAAUGAAGAAUUCAUUUUCCAUUUGGCCAGUGAUAAAUUUACACUGAAGCAGCUAGACAUGAAGCAUUUGAAUGAUUUGUUAUGUGAAAAAUCAUACAUUGUCUCAAAUAGACAUGCCUCCAUAGUGGACAUUUUUUAUUUCUGCUCUGUUUAUAAACCUUUAAGUGAAAUGCCCCCCAAAGAGAGAGUCGAAAUUUCACACAUAUAUAGAUGGUUUUUACAUAUUCAAGAAACCAUAGUGGGAAAAUUUACUACAUUGAAAAAGUUGGAAGUAAGAGACAGUCUCGAAACUUUUCUAAAUAGUAAAAAUGUAAUGAGCCCAAGUGAGCGAGCUAAUAAUGCAGGUGUGGGACAACAGAAGGAUAAUAAUAAGAAGGCAAAAAAUGAAAAUGAACAAAAUGAAAAAAAUAAACAGAAAAAUAAUGCACAAAAUAAAAAUACUCCGAAAAAAAAAGUAGAGGAACCAAAGAAUCUGGAUGAUAUUACUAGGUUAAAUAUUAUCGUAGGGUAUGUAGAGGAAGUAGAAAUUCACCCAGAUGCGGAUACGCUGUAUUGUUUGAAGAUAAAUGUGGGGGAAGAAAAAUCCAGGGACAUUUGCAGUGGUUUAAGGCUUAAAAAGAAGUCAGAAGAUUUACUACACAAAUACGUUUUAGUGUUAGCCAAUUUGAAGGAAAAGUCCUUGAGAGGAAGAAAAAGUCAUGGUAUGGUUUUGUGUGGAUCUUUUGGUGAACAAAUAGAGCUACUUGCCCCCCCACCUGGAGUCAACGUUGGGGAGAGAAUUAUUUGUGAAAAUAUGGACGUCAGUAAAUUACCAGAUAAAAGCUUAAGUUCUGAUAAGGAGAAGAAUCCCUUUUUUCACAUCCAGCCACAUUUGGCCGUCAAGAAUGGUGUAGCGUAUUAUAAAGAUGCCAAGUGGCUCUCGUCCAAAGGAGAAAUCAUUUGCCCCUUAGAACAGGGAACAAUUUCGUAG